CGCCCCGGCGGGGGCCGAGUCUCCCGCCGCCCGGCCCGAGAUGGCGGAGCGCGAGCGCAGGAGCCGCCGGCAGCCGGGCGGGGCGCGCGCGGUGAGCGGCCCCCCCAGGGGCCCCCGGCCCGGCCGUGAGGAGCACCCUCCUGUGUUGCCAUCCCCGAAACGUGGAACCAGCUGCGAGAGGCCGGAGUGCUACCAGGCGGAGCCGUCAGGCCUGCUGGAGUGUUACCAGUGCCGCUACCUCUGCACAGCCAGAGCUUGCUGCCAGCUGGUGGAAGUUCUGCUGACCAUGCUGAUCCUGAUCUGCAGCUCUGUGUCCUACAGCUCAACAGGCGGUUACACCGGCAUUCCCAACUUGGGGGGCAUUUACUACUACCAGUAUGGAGGGGCUUAUAGUGGCUUUGAUGGGGCAGAGGGGGAAAAAGCCCAGCAACUUGACACCCAGUUCUACCAAUUAAAGCUGCCGACAGCAAGAGCAGCAAUGGCUGUGGGAGGGGCCCUGAUGGCCUUCUCUUGCCUUCUGGUUUUGGUUGGUGUGCUGCGGCUGCCAUGGCAUUUCCCAGCCUGGCUGCUGCUCGAAUGCACCCUGGACAUAUUGAUUGCACUUGGCUUCCUGCCUGCUCUGUACUUCUACUUCCACCUUCUGUUGGAUGCCUACGAUUCUCCAGUGUGCAAAGAGAGAGAGAAUCUCUACCAAAGCAAAGGCUACCAAGGAUUCAGCUGCAGUGUGCAUGGGGCAGAGAUAGCAGCUGGGCUCUUUAGCUGCAUUGCCAUUGUGGUGUUCUUGGUCAGUGCUGGCCUUGCUGUCAGGGGAUACAAAACAGCUCAUCAGCUGAGAGAGAAGCCAGUGGAAGUGUAUGAGUUUUAGGGUGGCUUGUUCAUAGCCAAGCCGUCCUACCACCUCAUCUCUCUCUGUGGCUGCCAGCCUGGACGCCAAGAAGGGGCAGCCCCCUCUUCCCUGCCUCAGGACGUUGCAUCUGCACUGCUACAAUCAGAAUACAGGACCAUGGCCACAACAAGCACCCCUACCAUGAGGGAACAGCUCCAGCUAGAGCCAAGCUUCUCUUAACCAGCCCUCACAUUUAAAUCUUGUGAAUGUGAGUGGAACAGAUGCAUUCUUAGUUCCAUAAUCCACAUCUGCUCCUUGGCUCUGCCUCUGUUAGCAGUGACUAGCUUACUGCUUGUGCUGAGCUCAGUAUCUUGGGAGUAGAGGGACCCCUCCAUCUCCUGAUCUGCUCAAGCAAGAUGUCCCAGCUCUCUCAUUGGCCAUAGUCCCGUUCCUCCCAUACAAGGUAGAGCUACCAGCGCUUGGCAAGAUACCUUGUUCAUUAGCUAAGACUGAGCUUUUCACUUGACCUUAAUCACAACGGGACGUCGUCUCUCCUCCCAUUGCUGCAUGUUUGAACAACUUUGAUUCCCAGCUGCUUGCUACAGGAGUGCAGGGAGCAGGAGAGAAUGACAUAGGAAGAGAGCCCAGGUUCGGCCACUAAACCCUGCCACUAGCUCUCCUCUGAGCCUGUGCUUCCUCACGUUUCAGGGUGUCACCUUUAAACCAUGGUUCUUAUUUUUUUUAAAUGUAAUUGAUCGUAUAAGAAAAUGAUUCUACAAACCCAAUCAUUAGCGGAAGGGUGAGUGAGGACAAACACCAACCAUUGUUCCCAUAAAGCAGGGGUUCUUAAACUGGGGGUUGGGACCCCUCAGAGGGUCCUGAGGUUAUUACAUGGGGGGUCACGAGCUGUCAGCCUCCACCCCAAACCCCACUUUGCAUCCAGCAUUUAUAAUGGUGUUUAAUAUAUAAAAAAGUGUUUUUUAAUUUAUAAGGGGGUCGCACUCAAAGGCUUGCUGUGUGAAAGGGGUCACCAGUACAAAAGUUUGAGAACCACUGCCAUAAAGCAAAGUGACGUCACUCAGGCAGUAGAAGCUUCACAGCUUGUCUGGAGUGUGACCCUAAUGAUUAGCUGAGCGCUGCAUGCCUGUGUGGAGCCUAGCAGAGCAGGAGCAGCAGCGGGGGAAGGGGUUUACAUGUUCAUUAGCACCUAGGAUUGAGCCUGUAACCAACCCAUGGGGAAAUGGGAUGAAGGCCUGGGAAUGUAAUGGAUCACAGUGGCAACAAGAGAAGACCAUCCUAUUAAAUACAGUUUCUAUAACUCAUCCCACUAUGGUAGGACACUGUCCCCACCACCUUCACCACUUAGCUGAAUGGCCAAAGUGAAGGUGCUCCAGGGCUCCCUACAGAUUUGAACCUCAAGAGUGACAAUGGCUAGGGCUGCCAAUCCUCCAGGAGUAUCCUGGAGUCUCCAGGAAUUAAAGAUUAAUUUUUAAUUAAAGAUUGUCAUGUGAGAGAACCUCAAGGACUACAUCCACCCAAAAUCGGCAUCCCUAACAAUGGCUGCUUCAGCCCCAGGGGAAUGCUGAGGCACUGUGUCGGCGGUGUUGCUUUUGGUUCCUGGUAUGGGGAGUAUGGUGCUCAGCUGAAGGGCUGGCAGCCCGGAGAUAGAUGGAGCAGGCCCUCUUGUGGGAAUGGCUGGAGCCUGGCAGUAUUUGAUGGCAAAAGGCACAUAUCCCCCCCCCCCACCCCCUUUUUCCCUUCUGCUACAUGUGGAGAGUUGGCCAGCUGGCUUGGCAGGUGGCCACAUCCUUUGGGUGAGAGGGGCAGGAAGACCCAUUUCUGGUGUAAGCUAGUGCUGUUGCUUUUUUCCUCCCCUUGUCUCUGCUUUUCCCCUGCACUGUUUCGCCAGUGUGGAAGGCAGUUUGUGCUGUUUCUCUCCCUGUAAUAGAGGCCCAACACAACUCAAGGGAACAAGAAAUAGCCAUGUCCUUGUCUGAGCAGAGCUCAGGGUGGACAGGCAUUUACCUAAAUUCUGUAGAGCAUGUGUUCUCAUGCUGGAGGGCAUAACACCCCCUGGCCUUUGUUUAUGGCUAGAUGGGAGUAUCUUGAAGCUUUUUUUUUUUUUUUUGGUUUAUAACAUGAGCUCACAGUCUCCAGCUGAUUGAGAGCCCUGCUGGAGCUGGGCCAAGCACUAGAAAAGACUCGGCACUGGCUCCCCAGGUGCUAGCUGAGCUAAGCUCAGACUUUUUGGCCCGUCUGCCUCUGCUACAAACUGAGUCAGCUAACUAGGGUCGGGCACUCCAGAGUGGUGGGCGGACAGGUCAGGCCUGGCUGAAGUGAAGGGGAGGCAUGCCCCACAGCAUUGUGUAUUUCACUGAGUUGCUCCUCUUCUCCCAGGUGUGGUGCAGUUAAUCCAGGGGUUACUGAAUGCUCUGGCUCUUGUGUGUGCUCACUUCCUAUUUUGUUCUUUAUGGAUUCAGUGCUGGCUUUACAGAUGGUGGCUUCAAUGAUAAGUGCUACUGACCCUUCAAGGGCCAAGCACUGGUGCAAAUCCAGCAGCUGGAUCAGCAGUUCACCAUCCUCAGAGCUCUUCUUAUAUAGAGCGGCUUGACUUUCUUGUUGGAGAGCUGAGUACUAGCACUGGGCUUCCUUGUUGGAAGGUCCAUGCCUCUGCAGGUUCUCUCGCUAGGAAGUGGCUGCUUCUGGAAGCCACGUGCAGGCUCCUGGCAUGUUUGGCCUAUGGCACAGUGGUAGGCAUCUAGCUACACACAGCCCUACAAAGUAAUGGCAAAGAUCUUUGCAAAGGGAGAGGCUAUAUUGAUUAAAUGGACUGUGAGCUAGCAGGCACUGCUGGGGAGGCAGCCACUGUUGGGAGACUCCUAGACAUGUUAUGAAAUUAGCAUGGUUCUCACUCCACAAUGUGAUAGAAAAAUGAACUUUCAUCAGGAUCUUCCAGAGCUCAGUGGUGCAGCUAGUGAAGCAGUUGAGUAUUCUUGGCACUGCUGGCCUCCUCAUAGUGAGGCAGAGCCAGGGUAACAAGCAGUCUUAGCCACUAGCAGUGGCACCUGCAGGCCAACUCUUUCUCUAGGUAUAAAAUUUCUAAGCAAAAUGUUCUGGAUAAGAGCGUGUUUUUCACUGACUUUUAUUCUUUCAUUCACAGGCUGCCAAAGUUAGUCUCUUUUUGAUAUAAUGCAGGGAAGAACUAGAUGAUAAAAUAUUAGAGACCAAUGAGAGUCCCAUAAAGUAAUUGGCCUGAUGUAUAACCUGGACUCUCACCAAAUCUGUCUGAAGCAGCACUAAUCCAAGCUUGCUCAGUCCUUUGAUUCCCUUAGAAAAGCCAGAUAGGUGCUGCAGGCAGUGAAUCACUACGAAUUCCAGCUAAUGGUGUCAAGGGACUGUGGUGCACAGAGCUCUAAACAGCAUCUGUCCAGAAUAAGGGUCCUGUGGUGCUUUUCCAGAACUGUUAACAGUACUUGCCUGUUUUGAACCCCAGUGGGAAGGUACAUUCCCCCUUGGUAAAGUCUCCCUAUAGUUUCAGCUGAAGAAAGAUAUUAUCAAUUUCAAAUUAUCUAGCUCCAGACACAUGGUGCGCAUGCAUAAGCCCCUCAGUGAUAUAUAACAGGGACCAUCACUUGAAGAAAAAUAAGUUUAUACGAAGCAAGAGUACUACUAUAACAUUCUGUGCCAGAUCACCAGCUGUCAUUCUGCUGCCCCUUUUACAAAGAGUUACUUUUUCUUAUAGCACAGAGCCGUUCUGCUAGGACUGUAUUGUGCAGAAGACUCCAUUAGGAGAGUUGACCUAUAAAUGAAUUCCUUCUAAUCAGUGCAGAGCUUGUAUUAACCCUUUGAGCCAGGCAUUUAUAUUACCAUGAUAGAGAAGCCAUGCCAGAGACAAGUUUGUUUCCAUUUUAAGACCAAUGUGUGAUAUAAAUCUCUCUUCUGUCCCUGAGUAAAUUUAGGCUGGAAAUUAGGUUUCCAAUCAUCAGAGAUGGGAGAUUCUGGAAAAGCCUUGCAAUAGGAGCAGUGAGAGCAUAAAGGAUUUUAAGAUAGAACUUGAUACAUUUACAAAUAGGAUUAUAUGGGGGGGGGGGGUUCUGCGGUAGCAGGGGCCUGCACUCAGUGAGCCAGGGGGUCCCCUCCACUCCUAUGCUCUGUUUGUUUCAUACUCUCUGCGGGGUUGGCAGGGGCACCUUUCUGUAUAAAAUGUGUCUGGUCUUGGUGUAGUCAGCAAAGUUAAUCAGCGUAGAUUGAGCAAGAUAUGAGACUUUGGAAAACAGAGUACAGCUAUGAAAAUUCUGCUGUCAGAUCUCACAAUAAAGCUUCCACGCUUUACAGUAAAGAUAUUAAAUGCUGAGCUCUUCCUUGUAUUCUUUAUAAACAAUUAAAGGUGAACUUUACUCUUUUAAAAA